AUGUACCUGGUUACAGUAUUGGGAAACCUGCUCAUCAUUCUGGCCAUAGGUACUGACCACCAUCUCCAUACUCCCAUGUACUUUUUCCUGGCCAACCUGUCCUUCAUCGAUACCUGCUUCUCCUGCACCAUUGUCCCCAAGCUGCUGGUGAACAUCCAGACACAGCACCAUACCAUCUCCCACACUGGGUGCCUCGUGCAGAUGUAUUUCUUCAUAGCACUGGCCCUGAUAGAUGACUUCCUGCUGGCUGUGAUGGCAUAUGACCGCUACGUGGCCAUCUGUCUUCCUCUACACUACACCACAAUCAUAUGUCCCCAACGCUGUGUAUUGCUGGUUACCACAUCCUGGCUCUGUUCUCACAUCCUGGCCUUCUCACUCACUCUCCUGAUGUCUCAGUUCUCUUUCUGUGCCUCUCAUUCCAUCCCACACUUCUUCUGUGAUCUUCUCCCACUCCUCAAACUUACCUGCUCAGACACCCAUGCUUUUCAGAUCAUGAUGUUUGCUGAGGCAGCCCUCUCAGGUGUGGUCCCUCUCACCUGUGUCCUGGUCUCUUAUGCCCACAUCAUCCAUACCAUCCUCAGGGUCCCCUCUGCUGGGGGGAAGCACAAAGUCUUCUCUACCUGUGGCUCUCACCUGUCAGUGGUCACUCUCUUCUAUGGGACACUCUCUCUGGUGUAUUACCAGCCCGCUUCCUCCUACUAG